AUGACAUUUUCUAGAAUAUUAAAUAACAAGUAUAUAUUUGAAAGAGUUGUUCAUUUCUUGCAUGAAGGUCACCAUUUAUAUGCUUGCAAGUACAGAAAUAGAGAGAUUGACGAUGCAUUAUGGCUAGCAAAGACAGGUAGUUUUGAUAUCAUUAGAAACAAGAUAAAGUCAUAUAGUUCUAUUACCAACGAUAGUGACUAUCCAUUGUUGUAUUGGCCUGCUAAAUCAUUAUCUAUUCUAUUCGAAAAGCAGCACUAUGAUAUCAUAGAAUCUUUGUUCAAUCACAGGAGUGUGUCAUCACGUAAAUACUUGUUUCUUACUACCGAUGUUGUUGAUACUGCCAUUCGAUCACAGGUAUCGAUUGACAUGCUUUCUACCAUCGAAAAGCUCUUCCCAGAAUCAAUUACUUGGCGAAUCUUUACAACUGCAGCAGAGGUUGGAAGUUUACUGGUUAUCGAGUGGUUGCGAAAGAUAAGACCACUCAUCACACCAGCGGGAUCAGCAACGAAUAAUGCAGCACUCAACGGUCAUAUGCAUGUUAUCAAGUAUUUACACGAUUCUGGCAGGUGGGCAAUAUUCUCCAGUAGAACAUUGGACUGUGCUAUAAAGGGUGGAAAGCUAGAGAUCGUAGAGUAUAUUCUCGCCAAUAGAACGGAAGGACUGACUCAUGAGACAAUUGACCUGCUGACUACCAACAAAGAGAUGCAUGAUAUCAUUGAGAGGAUUAUACUGGCAAAGAAAAACCCUCUCUACGAGUCGAUUCAGUGCAGUGCUAAAUCAUUGGUUGAAGCGAGCAGACAUGGAAAUCUAAAGUUAUUGCGACUCCUCAUUGAAAAUGAAAAGCGGCUCAGUGCUAUGAGAGGUAUAUCAAUUGUUCAACAAGAUGUAGAUAAUGCCAUUUACAAGUCAUACUCGUCCGUAACAAUGUCGCUGAUGAAUGGAAACAUCAGUUGUUUCGACUACCUCUCAAAGACUCCGAUCUACAGCAACUCCAUCAAAUACAUACUCUAUAUGGGAUGGGGACAUAUAUUUAGGUCGUCUUCCUCCUACGAGAAUGAAAUUGCCUUCAUUGAUUACCUGAAGGAUAAGAAGUAUCCUCUGAACAAAGAUGUACUUUUCCGUUUGGUAUCCAAUGGCGAUGCCAUCACUCAAGGAUUAAUAUCAGAGCACUCCGCAACUCAAAAGCAAGAGGUUUUAAUCGAAAUUCUGGAUCGUCUUCAUAAGUUUACAGGAUGUCCACUGGUGUUGAAUACAUCUCAAGUGGAAUUGAUUUCCAAUUCUUCUGUGGAGAUGCUCAGAUAUCUCUUUGGUAUCUACCAGCAAGAUAAAAAUAACUAUAUUUUGGCAGCAGCAAAAUUUGGUUGUUUAGAUAUCGUACAGAAAUCAUACAGGAAUGAACAACUCAUCAAGGAAGCCUACAAGAUUGCAUUGAGAGCUGGUCAUAUAGAAAUCAUUGUAUAUCUCACAGAGACAUUCCAUAUCAGGGCAGAUUUAACGUCAGCGUAUGAAGCAUUUAACAGUGGUCGAGUUGCUUUGUCUUCCUAUCUCCUGGAAAACAGAGAUAUGUUUUUUUUGGAUGAUUUGGCGGUGUGCUACUCAACAAUGCAAAACAAUCACUACCUAUUCGAGAGACUAAAAGAGAAGGUCAAAAAGACUGGAAGGCCAAUCAAAGGUGUUGGCGACAUUAUUAUUUCGAAAAUCAAGAGUCUGGUUGAACUAAAAAUGGUAACAUCAGAUUUAUGUUCAACCGAGAGUCUUGGUUUAAAUUAUAAGGUGGACGAAAAUGUUUUUUGUGAGAUGGCUCACAAAAAUAAGAUCGAUCAAAUUGUUUAUCUCGAAGAAUCCGGUAAACUAUCGUAUUUUGAGAGAUUUGUUGGUGCGAACGCUCUCUAUCAGAACAGUAUACUUAUAGCCCUCCAUAACGGAAAAGAUGAAACUGUUUCGUACCUGGUCGAUCGUUUGAAGGUUCAUUACCCAAAGAAUUUCCCCAAAAAAUUGUAUAAUAUAUUGCUCGAUGGAGUAGAUGACGAUUCAAAAGAAACUAAUGAAAAUUAUCGUUUAUUUAUUAAUUUCAAAAAGAGAUUAAUUGAAGAGAUACUACCAUUAGUAGAAUAA